UUCUCGUUAUUAUCUUCAAUUUUAUCAAUUAUUUUUUACUUUUUAAAUUCUUAUCUUUAUCAACAUCAUCAUUUAGGGCCAAAAUUUGAUUGCCGUUGUAUGAUUAAGUUAAUUUGUUUCUUUAAUAAUAAUUGUGUUUGAAAUCAACAAAUCCACUGUGCCAGCUUCACAAACAUUUUGAAUCUUGAAAUCUUACACCCUGCAUUUUGAAACACAACGAUUUGAUGAAGCCUUUUUUGGUACACACUUCAUCAUUGACAUUGCCGCUGUGUUAAUAAUUCAAUUAAUUUCAUUUAAAAAAUGGAAAUACUUAAUUUGGUCGUAAAGAUAAUUUACUAGCUUCUGAUGUUGUUGUUAUUACUACAGCACAUUUAAUCAUUAUCAUCAUCAUUAAGAGCUUAAAUUUAUUUGUCAAAUAUGGAUCUACAAUACAAUACCGUACAGGAUCUAUUCACUGGAUAUGAUUCGGAAAUAUUCAAUAAAUUUCGUCACCUGUUGCAUGCAGAGAAAAUCAUGUUGAAUAUGAUGCAACCGAUUAAUCGAAGAAGUUUCAGUAAUCCUGAGCUUUGUAAUGAUAAUAACAACAUAAUUAACAAUAAUUUCCACCAAUUUCGUCAAUUUUUGAUUAGAAAAAAUUUUCAACAAAUUACGAACAAUGAAAAUAUUGCAUCCGGUCCUAGUGAACUGCUGCCAAAAUUGGCUAAUAAUAAUUGUGAUAAUUUCAAUGCUUGUGAUGUAGAAACAAGACCAACUCCUAUUCCACGUAAAAGUCGAAAUAAAAAAUUACGAAAUCAAAAUGAUCGAUUCUUGAUCGAUUCGAUUCGAGAUCAAGAAAGUCAACAAAACCAGAAUGAUAACUAUAAUGAUGAUUCUGAUCAUUUAUCAAUAAAAACAUCGAAAAGUUUACCAUCUGAAAUUCUCAACAACAACAACAGAAAUGUUUUUAUUCAAAAAUCAUUUGAACAAUUAGCCAAAUUACCAAGCCGAUUAGAGAUACCGACAAUAAAGACGCCCAUCAAAAUCAAAACAAGUAAAAAUUCAUUUCGAUCAUUUUUAAUGAUCAACAAAAUUAAAACGCAUAAAUUUCUAUCAUUACGUGGUAGAAAUUCGAAUCGAAAAUCUGUAGCCGAAUUAAAUGAUUAUCAUCAUCACCGAGAACCAAGUGGAUAUAGACGACCAACUCGAAUGCCACCUCCACCACCUGAUGUACGUUUCAGACCGCCCGCACCAUUACCUGAAGAAAGGAUCGAUGAUGAUGAUGAAAAACUAUCAUCGAUACGGAAAACAACGACAAAUGAUACAAUUAGCGAAUUAUAUCAUGAUUCGGCUAAUAUUUAUGAAUUCGAUGAUGACAUUUAUUGCAGUGUUGAAGAAGAUGAAAGUAUCAUUAAAAGUAAUGAAGAAAUCGGUACCAGUUCAACAACAUGUAGAAAUGAUUAUAAGAAAAACAAUUCAAGAAAAAACACAAAUGCUAAUUCUUUAUCGGACAAUGAUGAUGACGAUGAUGAAGAAGAAGACGAUGAUUAUUAUGAUGAUGGUCUUUGUAUUUAUGAAGAAUUGUCAUCAGGAGAGGGAACAAUUUACGAACCUUAUGGCCAAGAUGAUGAUGAUGAUGGCGACGAUGAUGAUUUCAUCUAUGAUAAUGUUGAUGUUGAUAAUUUUGAUGAUGAAAUCAACAAUGAAAAUAAUGAUGAACAAGAUAAUAAAAAAUGUAUUAAACAGAUGAAAAAAAUUGAAAAAGUUAUGAAACGUUUCAAUUUGACUGGUAAAGAAAUCCCAGUAAAUGCUGGAAUUGUGAAAGAAUCCUAUAAAAGUCGCUCAAAAUAUGAUCUAUUAGUCAAUCAAGGUGAAACUAUUCUUAUAUUACGUAUGGAAAACAAUCCACCAGGUAAAUGGCUAGCGAAAAAUGAACGUUCCAAAAUUGGCUAUAUUGAUCUCAACAAUGUAUAUCUCGAAACCGAUGCAAUUAAAGCGGCAUUUGAAACUUUAAAUUGAAUCAUCAUUGCGAAAUAAUAAUUUCAUUUUCAUCGCCACAGACGAAAUGGAAAAAAAUGAUCAU